CUCGGAUAAGAAAACUUCAUAAAUAAAUAAAUAAUGAACUUGUAUAUCAAAAUUUUACCAUCUAAUAUAUUAGGGACGAGAGAACUUUAUCAAAUAGGUCGAAGUGCAUGCAAACUACCUCAAACAUUCACAAACAAAAAUAAAUAAGUAAAAUAUAUGUUGAUUCCAUAUUUGUGAAUUCCCGUCGGUUGGGAAACGAAGCAUUCUUUGUAAGGGUGUGAAACCUCUCACUACCAGAUGUGUUAUAAAAACUUUAGAGGGAAAACCCAAAGGAAGGUGGACACGAAGCAGUAUGCCAACAAGACGUUGACUUCCGAAGGAGUGGAUUUGGAGGUCUCACCAUCAAUUGGAGAAAGAAACAAGUGUCAGCGAAGACACUAGGUCUCGAAGGUGGAUACUAAUCAUUCUUGUACAAGAAUGCAGAAAUCUAUACCUACCGGACACAUUUUAAAGACUUUGAGGAUAACCCGAAAUGGAAAGAUGAAUUACAAUAUUCAUCUCCUUCCUUUGAAUAUAUGAUGAUUUAAAGGUAAGUGCUAAGCCUUCUAAAGUUUUCUGUACAAUUCAUCUACCAUUAGCAGGCUUUAGAACAGAUGCACCAGAACCAGAGCGAAGUUAACACAAGAUCAAUGAAACGCACCUCAAAAUCAAUGAAACCCAUCAGCAAAACUGCACAUUUCUUCUUCCUCCUCCUCUUUCUACAUUGCCACUCUGAAUCAGACCACACAGCCUUAAUAUACCACCACUGCACCAACAGCCAAACACCCACAUCAACAUCAACGUCCGAAGCCCUCUCAUCCCUCUUCAAAUCCCUCAUCACACACUCCACAAACUCCACCUUCCACACACAAAUCACCGCCCUAAACGGCAUCCCCAUCUCCGGCGAGUACCAAUGCAGAGGCGACAUGAGUUCCACCGCCUGCCAAACCUGCGUAACUCAGCUAGGCAUUUUGUCGAACAGGUUGUGUGCAGGAGCUAGAAACGCGCGCGUGCAGCUGAGGGGGUGUUACAUGCGGUACGAGACGGACGGGGAGGUUGAAGAGGAAGUGAAGAAUUGGGAGUUGGUGCAUAAGGAGUGUGGACAAAUUAAGGGCUAUGCUUAUGAUGAAGGGACCGGCGCGAGAAAUGGGGCGCUGUGGGCGGUGGAGGAGGGGAUUGUGAGGAGUGGAAAUGGGUUUUGGGAGGCGCGGAAUGAGGGUGUGAGGGCGGUGGCGCAGUGUGAGAGGGCGCUGUUUGGGUGCGAUUGCGCGGAGUGUGUCGGCCGUGCUGCGGAGGUUGCGCAGGAGGACUGCGGCGGUGCGCUGUCUGCUGAUGUUUAUUUGAAUGGAUGCUAUCUCAGCUAUACUACCUAUACAUACCCAUCAGGUUACAAGAAGAAUGGUUCAAGUGGGAGGGUAGCAGCUAUUGUGUUGGGUGGCUUGGCAUCCAUUGGAUUAGCCCUUAUUCUCCUCAUGUUUUUCAAGUCUUGUGGAAAAAAAGAUGAUGAUUAA